GCUGUGGAAGAGUUACUUAAAGAGGCAAAACGUGGGAGAACCAGAGCUGAAACAAUGGGAGCUAUGGGUUGGUUGAAAUGUCCUCUUGCUGGUACAAAUAAAAGAUUUCUUCUUAAUACCAUCAAAAACACGUUACCAUCUCAAAAAGAACAAGACCAAGAACGUGAGCAAAAGGAAGACAGUAAGGAGCCUGAGCCAACCAAAAGCAGGAAAGAAGAAAAGCAAAAGAAACGCAGAAUUCACCCAUAUACCCCCAGCUUUCAGUCCAGAAGGAGAGUCAGCUACUCUCCUCCGAGGCACCGAAGCAGGAACCACCACACAAAGGAUAAGCAUGAAAAGAGAUCAAGCAAACGAUGAGGAGAGUGAUGAAUGCGUGUUGUUACAAGCCAGGAGUGUCAUUAAGAGUCAGAUUGCAGGGAUGUCUCUUUUUCAGGAAAAGGUGGUGUUUUAAGUUGAAUUUUGAACUGAGUUGCUUGUGUGAGAAGUAACCUUGAAGUAGCUUUAGUAAACUUUCCUUUGGGACCUUUAAGAAAAAAAGUAAAGUGCAGCAUAAAUCUUUCAGUCAUUUUAAAACAGACAUUCCUUUCCCUGUGCUCCAUUCCUCUUUCACCUUCUGGCUAAGCUUAGGGUCUUGGUGAUGGAGUGUGAUACAUGUGUUACUGUUCAAUGCAACUUGUUUAGUCAUGUCACUCUUUUGGAAAUAAAUAUAAAUUAAGCAGAAAUUUAUUUAUUGUGUAAAGUUGGCAGAACUUCUUUGCUGCUAACCAAUAAAGAAGUUUUGCAUGUUUGGGUUAGUUUAGUUUUACAGGAUCAAGACGAAUGGAGAGCUGGUCAGUGCAUUUUGUAUAGGAUAUAAGAGUUUGCUUUCCUUUAGUAUAAAACCAAGAAAUUUUAAAUGGACAACACUGGUUCUGCUUUGCAGGAGAAACUACCAGGGAAUACUGAUGUUGCUUGUUAUUGUAUAUUCACAAACCAAUCAUAGAUAAUAAUAAGCAUUACCCCUAAAAAGCCAUAACUGCAAUAAUUGUCUCUGUUUAGACUUCCCUCUGUAAGGGAGUAGUUUGAACAGUAGUCUGUUGUCGUGGUGCUUUCAAAAUAAACCCUGAAGAGACGAAAUUAUGUUCUCUGUCCACUGCUAGGAAGUUUCCAUGUAAAUGUGUAAUACUAGAAAUGCAGAGGUAUUACUUAAAAACAGUCAAAUGCUCACUUUCCAAGUUCUGUAGUGGUACAGUUGUUAAACAUGUGAUGUGGAGUACAUACACCGCACAUCAGCAUACUCUGUCACUUCUGUUUGUGUUACAAUAACAAACUUCUGUGUGGAAUAUUUUGUAUUGCAAAAAUAAUUGUUUUGAACAUAAGUUUCUGGUUUUAAGCGUGUUGACAA